AUGAGCAUUCGUGAUGUUGGCGGGCGGCGCCGCUUCGAGGAUGCCGAGCUUACGCUGCGCGUGUACCCGGGGGCCAUCGCAGAGGGCACUAUUUACUGCCCCAUCUUGGCCCGCAAGGAAACGACAGCCGCCGAGGUUAUUGAGCAGGUGAUUGGCCGGCUGCAGCUGGAUCGCACAAAAUGCUAUGUGCUGGCGGAGGUGAAAGAGUUUGGCGGCGAGGAAUGGAUCCUGAACCCGAGUGACAGCCCAGCUCAGCGGAUGAUGCUUUGGCCACGUGCCGCUUUAGAGAACUUCUUGGGCAGUGAGGACUACCGCUUUUUGCUGCGAGAGAAGAAUGUUGAUGGUUCCAUCCACUAUGGAAGCGUGGCCAUGUGGCUGCAGGUAACUGAAGAGCGUCGGCGUAUGGUAGAGCGUGGCCUGCUUCCCCCGCCACAACUCCAGCACCAUGACGAUCUCUGCAAACUGCCUGACCUGAGUGAAAAGACACUGCUGGAGAACUUGCGCGCUCGCUUCAAGCAGGAAAAGAUUUACACGUAUGUGGGUAGCAUCCUCGUUGCCAUAAACCCCUUUAAGUUUUUACCAGUGUACAACCCCAAAUACGUCAAGAUGUACGACAACCACCAGUUAGGGAAGCUGGAACCACAUAUCUAUGCUGUGGCUGAUGUGGCAUACCAUGCCAUGCUGAGGCGAAAGCUCAACCAGUGCAUCGUUAUCUCCGGGGAGAGCGGCUCAGGGAAGACGCAAAGCACCAACUUUCUUAUCCAUCAUCUUACAGCACUCAGUCAGAAGGGAUUUGCCAGCGGUGUGGAGCAAAUCAUUCUUGGAGCCGGGCCGGUGUUGGAGGCUUUUGGCAACGCAAAGACAGCUCACAAUAACAACUCGAGUCGCUUCGGCAAGUUCAUUCAAGUUAACUACCAGGAGAGCGGCACUGUCAGAGGGGCGUAUGUUGAAAAGUACCUGCUAGAGAAGUCCCGGCUUGUCUACCAGGAGCACAAUGAAAGGAACUACCAUGUGUUUUACUACCUGCUGGCGGGCUCGAGCGAGGAGGAGAGGACGGCCUUCCAUCUCUGCAAGCCUGAAGAAUAUCAUUACCUCAGUCAGAUGACAAAGAAACCUCAGAAACCACACUGGGAAAAUUACUAUGAGAGUGAACCGCAGGACUGCUUUACAGUGGAAGGGGAAGACCUGAAGCAUGACUUUGAGCGGUUGCAGCUGGCCAUGGAGAUGGUGGGAUUCCUACCUACCACACGAAAAGAAAUCUUUUCUCUUUUAUCGGCCAUCCUUCAUUUAGGGAACAUCCGGUAUAAGAAGAAGACAUAUCGGGAUGAUUCCAUAGAUAUUUGCAAUCCUGAGGUGCUUCCCAUCGUCUCAGAGCUGCUACAGGUGAAAGAGGAGAUGCUUUUUGAAGCCCUGACAACACGCAAGACAGUGACUGUGGGAGAGAGGCUCAUAGUCCCCUACAAACUAGCCGAGGCUGGAACUGUGCGGGACUCGAUGGCUAAAUCUCUGUACAGUGCCCUGUUCGACUGGAUCGUGUUCAGAAUCAAUCAUGCCCUGCUCUACAACAGAGACCUGGAGGAGCCAGCCAAGAUCUUAUCUAUUGGGGUCCUUGACAUCUUUGGCUUUGAGGACUAUGAGAACAACAGUUUUGAACAGUUCUGCAUCAAUUUUGCUAAUGAAAGGCUCCAACAUUACUUCAACCAACACAUCUUCAAGCUGGAGCAGGAAGAGUACAGGGCAGAGGGCAUCACCUGGCAUAACAUAGAUUACAUCGACAACACAGGCUGCAUCACCCUCAUCAGCAAGAAACCCACAGCACUGUUCCACCUACUGGAUGAGGAGUGCAAUUUCCCACAAGCCACCAACCAGACGCUGCUGGACAAGUUCAAGCGACAGCAUGAAGGAAACAGCUACAUCGAGUUUCCUGCCGUCAUGGAGCCGGCUUUCAUCAUCAGACACUAUGCCGGGAAGGUCAAGUACGGCGUGAAGGACUUCAGGGAGAAGAACACGGACCAUAUGCGGCCGGACAUUGUUGCUCUGCUGAAGAGCAGCAGGAACGGCUUCAUCUGCGGCCUGAUUGGCAUUGACCCUGUCGCUACGUUCCGCUGGGCUGUGCUGCGUGCUUAUUGCAGAGCUGUGGUGGCCUUCAGGGAGGCAGGAAGAAGGCAUGCUGAGAAGAAGAGUGGUGUGAGCAGGAGGAAUCCUCGCACGCCGCUGUCAGAUUUGCAGGGCAGCAACAACAACGAGCUAUCAAAUCGGGAAAGCAGAAAUGGCCGCUCUGUGAGACCGAGUCGACUGUCCUCUGGCAGCAACCUUGAUGAGGAUGGAAUCUUCAUCUACUCCAACAGCAGCAAGCUCCUAGAGCGAGCCCAUGGCAUUUUGAUGAGAAACAAGAACUACAGGAUGAAACCUAGUCUUCCAAAGCACUUGCUGGAUGUGAAGUCACUGAGAUACCUGAGUAACCUCACGCUGCACGAUCGCAUUACGAAAUCCCUGCUGCACCUUCACAAGAAGAAGAAACCCCCAAGUAUUAGUGCCCAGUUCCAGGCAUCUCUCAAUAAGCUAAUGGAGACUCUUGGUCAGUCCGAGCCCUACUUUGUGAAGUGCAUCCGAUCAAAUGCAGAGAAGCUGCCGCUGCGGUUCAACGAUGCUUUGGUGCUGAGGCAGCUUCGCUACACAGGCAUGCUGGAGACUGUCCACAUCAGACAAUCAGGCUACAGUAUCAAAUAUACUUUUCAGGAUUUUGUUCGACACUUUCAUGUGAUGUUACCCGAGGACUUACAACCCACGCAAGAGGACAUAAGGCACUACUUAUCCCAGGUGGACCUUUCUCCUGACGGCUUUCAAGUGGGACGUAAUAUGGUGUUCAUGCGUGAGGGGACACGGCAGAGGCUGCAGGACCUGCUCCAUCGGGAGGUGCUAUGCAGGAUUGUCAAUCUCCAGCGUCGUUUCCGAGCUGUACUGGAAAGGAAAAAUUUCCUCAGGAUGAGACACGCUGCCUGCCUCAUACAGAACUGGUGGCGGAGAAGCCAAACGCAGAGGGAUGAACAACUGAAGUAUGACUACAAUGUCCAACAGGGGGCAGCAAUUUGCAUUCAGUCAGUAUGGAGAGGCUUCCAGGAGCGUCGAAGAUUCCUCCUGUGGAGGAAUGCCGCGCUGGUAAUCCAGAGCAACUGGAAAGUUUGCUGCUAUAGACGAGCUCGAGCUGCUCUUGCAAUACAGGCUUCGUGGAGGGGCUACAGGGCCAGAAAGCAGUACUUUCACUUACGUCACAUCGUCAUCCUCUUCCAGGGAGCAUGCAGAGGCUAUUUGGCAAGGCAGAGGAUCAGAGAGCUGAGGGAACAAAAGUUGAAGGCUGCUCAGCUGCUGAAUGAACAAAAGAGUCUAUCCCUGACAAAAGAGAAAGUGGGAAUCAUGGGACUGGACCUAAGCAUGUGGGAGAACUGCGCCCAUGAGGAGCGAGAGAGGAGCCUUCAGCACCUCAGUGAGUUAGAGGUGCCUCAGGAGGAGCUCCAGAAAAGAAACAAAGAGAUGAGUAAAAAGGCAGCAGCACAAGUGCUACCUGAAGUCAUAAUCAGAGAGCGACCACGGACGCUGGAUGACUCUAACCAAAAGACCCGGGCCAAAAGACAGAGCAGGCGGAUGCGCGAGCUAGAGCAGGCCAAAUUUAGCUUGGACCUGCUAAAGGUACGUUCUACUGGAGGAGCAUCACCUUCGGAUGAAAAGCGCUGGUCAGUGGAGCUUGCCAAUGAAAGUGCCUUCUCCCCUCAGAGCACUCCAGAUAGCCAUAGCUCAAAACAAAGCUUCGAGCUGGGUGUUGUAGAGGACUAUACCAAAGACAGAGCAGUGGUUGCUGAAUCUGAUGACCUCAGCUGUUCAUCUUUAGUGCCAAACCAGUCUGAACCCCUUUCUUUUACCUCUAAAUCUCUUCCCCCUGCGGGCAUCACUGGAAGUCCUAAAACAAAAUCAAGCGUCCUGUACAAAUUGGAGAACUCCCUUCCAACGUUUUAUAUUCCACCAAAAGAAGGCACGUCUGUAUUUUCAAAGUCCAACAUGGACUUAUCCGAGAGUCCUGCAAAGCCAUUGAAGGACAGGAAGGAUUCUUCACGCAGACCACUCGUCGUUGUAAUUAGCAUGCAGAAGGAAACUCUGCUAGAUGAAGGACGCAUAAAGCUUCCAGAAGUUCGAGACAGUUCAGCUCAGACAACCGAGCCCCCCAGCCUGGCUCAGGGUGAAAGCACCACUCGGACCGUGCUUGAGAGACUCGAGAAGAUGAACGAGGAACAGGAGAGGCAACACGACGAGAAGGAGAUGAUAAACAAGAUCCGUGAGCAGAAGGAGCUUCUGGAAAAACAGCAACUUCAUGUCGCACGAAAACAAUGGGAGAUGCUUGAGAAGCAAAGGGGCGAGGCCUUGCAGAAGAUCGAGCAGAGUAGGCAAGAAAGAUCUGGAGGGGCCACAGAUCGAUCCAGCUCUAUUAUUACUGCUCCUAUAGCCCAGCCUGAGCACGACUUCAGCACUGCCCCCACAAUUAGAGAAAGACCAAGGGAUAAAUUCAGUGUGCCAGAUGGAUGGUCUCCAAAAUUAAUCCUUGAGACUCGAGACAGUGCUGCAAAAGGGAGCCUUCGUGAGAAACCCCCUACUUCAAAUGUCAAACUCAGCAUGACGGAGAGGCCUGGAAAUCUAGUUUUCACACCCAAUGACAAGGCCUCCUUUUCAAAGUUAGAAAAAGAAUCUUCCACUCAAGGAAAAUCAGCAAGAGUUCCUAAGGCUGCCACCUCCUCAGAUAUCAAAUCCUCAAAGAUACUGAAAGGUCGUGAAGUUGGCAGACCAGGCCAUAAAAAAGCCCGCAUGGCACGGACACGCUCAGACUUCCUGACCCGCAGUUCAAAUCCUCCAGGGGAGGGGGAGUCAGAGGAGGAAGAGUAUGAUGAGUCCCCUCUGUCUCCUGACUCACCCCUCCCCAAGCAGGACUCAGAGGGGGGAACACUAGACGAUUGUCACAGUGACUCUGAAAUGCCAUCCGCGUUCACUGAGGACCAAAAGCGGAUGCAGAAAACUUUGUCUUCUGGGGACCUUGGCAAAGGUGACUCCAACAGAAAGAAUUCACAAGGAGAUGGAAGGGUUCGAACUAGGAUGCUGAGGGGCUUCUGGGGCAAGACGAAGCAGGGGAAAUCAUCCAGAGAGAGAUUACUGUGUGGCACUGACUCUAUCGAUGGUGACUGUACAGACUCUGCACUGAACAUGCUUGAAGGAGAGUGCCUGUCGCCUCCUCACAGUCCUGACUCUGGGUCCCUGCCAGAGUUUAAAGAGAACAAGGAGCCCUCACCCAAAGUGAAGCGGCGCCGCAGUGUGAAGAUCACCAGUGUAGCGCUCGAGUCCACCCAGUGGCAAAAUGAUGCAGUGCAGAUUCUCACAUGUGCCAAUGACUACAAUACUAUGAACGAGUUUCUCAUGAAGAAGAUCAAUGAUCUGGUCACAGAGGACAGCAAGAAAGACACGAUGGUGGACGUGGUCUUUAAAAAGGCGCUAAAGGAAUUCCGUGUGAACAUUUUUAACUCCUAUUCCACAGCUUUAACCAUGGAUGAUGGGAAAAGUAUUCGCUAUAAAGACCUCCAUGCACUGUUCGAGCAGAUCCUCGAGAAGACUAUGCGGCAGGAGCAGAGAGACUGGAGUGAGUCACCUGUAAGAGUUUGGGUGAACACCUUCAAAGUCUUUUUGGAUGAGUUUAUGACGGAGUACAAACCACUGGACAGCAGCAUGAGCAAGGUCCCCAAGCCAGAUCGCAAGAAGAGAAGAAAAAAAGAUAACGACAUUGUGGAGGAGCUCAAUGGUCACAUCUUUAAGUCCACCCAGUACAGCAUCCCCACCUACUGUGAGUUCUGCUCCUCCCUCAUUUGGAUGAUGGACAGGGCAUGUGUCUGCAAAUUGUGCCGGUACGCCUGCCACAGAAAGUGCUGUCUGAAGACGACCACCAAGUGCAGUAAGAAGUAUGAUCCUGAGAUGUCUUCGAGGCAGUUUGGUGUGGAAGUUUCCCGUUUGACCAGUGACGAGCGCACAGUACCUCUAGUGGUAGAGAAACUCAUCAACUACAUUGAAAUGCAUGGUCUAUAUACAGAAGGCAUCUACAGGAAAUCUGGCUCAACCAAUAAGAUCAAGGAACUGAAGCAGGGACUCGACACAGAUGUGAGCAGUAUAAAUUUGGAUGACUACAACAUCCAUGUUAUCGCCAGUGUAUUUAAGCAAUGGCUGAGAGAUUUGCCCAAUCCCCUUAUGACCUUCGAACUGUAUGAGGAAUUUCUGAGAGCCAUGGGCCUUCAAGACAAAAAGGAGGUGGUACGAGGGGUGUACUCUGUGAUCGAUCAGCUCAGCAGAACUCACCUAAACACUCUGGAAAGGCUCAUCUUCCAUCUGGUCAUGAUUUCUCUACAGGAAGAGACCAACCGCAUGUCAGCCAAUGCUCUGGCUAUUGUCUUUGCCCCUUGUAUCCUGCGUUGCCCAGACACCAUCGACCCACUGCAAAGUGUUCAGGACAUCAGCAAAACUACAGCGUGUGUUGAACUGAUUAUUUGUGAGCAAAUGAACAAAUACAAGGCCAGACUUAAGGACAUCAAUACACUGGAGUUUGCUGAGAGCAAAGCCAAAAGCCGGCUGACAUUUAUUCGCAGGUCGAUGGGUAAAGGACGACCACGUAAGGUUGACCAUCAGGUGGCUUCUCCACCGGUCAGCUCUCACUUCACCUCUGUCCCAGACGCUAUGGAGGAGAGCGGAGAUGAGGAUGCUUACAAAGAAUCAGAGGUGACGGAGCAGCAUGUGGCCAUGCAGCAGGAGGAGAGGGUACUGACCGAACAGAUAGAAAGUCUACAGAAAGAGAAGGAGGAGCUAACCUUUGAAAUGCUGUCUUUGGAGCCACGAGCAUCCGACGACGAGACUUUGGAGUCGGAGGCCUCUAUAGGGACAGCAGACAGCAAUGAGAACCUGAAUGUGGACUAUGAGGGAGCCACAUGUGACCUCUCUGAAAAAGGCCCUUCGUUAGCUGCAGCCCAGCCGAAGAAAUCGGAGGGAAAAAACAGACGAACACUUCGGAGACAACCUGACUCGCUUGACUCCGUGGACUCUUGCUCCACCGUCUCCUCCGCCUCCUCAGCCUACGCUCAGCCUUCCGCAUCCUCUCGUCGCUUUCGACCUCAUUCCAAAUCGCCUUCGGCCAGCCAGGAUGCAGCCGAGCAGGACAGGCCUCAGUUUACCAGCCGAGGCACUUUUAACCGUGAAAAGAGCAAACAAAGACUGCACAGUGCCAAGUACUCUCCCCAAAAGCCUCCUGAGGAGCAAGGGCACAAAAAAGACCCGGACCUACAGCCACAGUCACUGGUGUUAUAUGGCACCAAUGAGUUUAUGGUUUGAAGUGGUGCUCAGCUGCUCGUUUCCCUUGUUAGCUUGCUCCUCAGUGCCAGUGGAACAGUCCCUAAGUGCCAAUGCCAUGAAGAGGCAGAAGGAGGAUGUUGAAAAAAGCUCUCUUGGAAACAAUUCUGUGCCCCAGUCUUUUCUGCAUAUGGGCUGCUGAUCAGAGAGAAAUGCUGCCUGGUUAACUGGAGCUAAGAAGGAGUGGAAAUAGUACUCAGAGAAAUAGAGAGGGGGUUGAUGCACAUCAGGAGAGAAAGCCACUUUGUACAAAGUCAAUGAACUUAAGCUAAACCAUUUGCUGCUUUUGAAGUUUACACUUUAUAACUAUUUGCAGCAGUGUGCUCUUUAAUUACAUGUAUGUAUUUUGCUCCACAGCCUAUUUAAUGAAUUUUAAUUACAUGGUAUAUAUAUAUAUAUAUAAAAUCUAAAUCUCUAUACAAAUCUAGUAUGUGAUAUAAAAUGUACAAAGCUGGAACACCAGUCAUUUUCUGGGUUGAAUUCAUAUAUUUAUCUUUUGCCUAUUAUAUAUAGUUUUUGAAAGUGAUGCGAGACCGAGGCUGUGUGCGGAGUGUGUGUGUGUAAUUAUGUGAAGACCACUUGACCUGUUUGAAUUUUUUGCUGCUUUUUUUUGAUCAGUUAUUAUCAAAUCUUGGCAUGAAAGGGACCAAGUCAGCUGGUGUUUUUAGGCCAGAGGAUCCCGGCUAAAUGAAGUGUUUAAAAAUCACACCCUACUGUGUCAAUCAUCUCUUCGUAGCCAUGCAUCGGUUUGCUUUUUCUAUUUUAUGUUGGUGUCAUCUGAAAGUAUUUAGUACAUGCCAAAGUGUUUUGCUGGAGCAAAAAUAAGACAUCAUGUGAGUACUUUGAUCACUGAUCAUGUAACUGAAUUUGUCUGCGCAGCACUGCUAAAGCUGGCCAGUACUUCUGCUAUUUUCUUUACUUCAUGCACUGUUUACCCUGAUUUAGAUUCAGAGAUUUUUUUCAGUCACAAGGUGGCACCAAAGUUCUGUUACUGUUCUCGGCCUAACUCAUCUAUAACAUGUUACAUUUUGUCUACGUUUGCAGUAUUGUCCUCUAAAUGGUGUGGACUGAAAAAUCUGCUGUCUUUAUGAAAUGCCAGCUGUAAAGUAUGAUUACAAUCUGUUACCAUGUAACUACCAUAUUAUACACAUGAUGCACAACUCAACAGGAGUAAAUACAUGCAAUCAAAGCUGUUACCUUCUGUUCCAGUCUUUUCUUAAUUUGCUUCUUCAUUUUUUCUUUUUUAUCACUUUAAGGCAGUGGUGUCCAAACUUUUUUCUAGGAGGGCCAGAUUUGAUCAUGUGAAAGUGCCCGAGGGCCAACAGUCCCUGAUGACAUUAUUUUAAACAAUAAAAUAUGCAGGCCGCUCAGGUGGCGCAGUGGUAAAGUACGCUAGCUCACCAGAGUUGGGGUUUCGAAUACAUCGUAUCAAAUCUCAGCUCUGCCUUUCCGACUAGGCUGGGCGGCUGUAUGAACGAUGAUUGACUGUUGUUCAGGGUUAGAGGGUAAAAAAGUUGGAUCAUAGGUCCUCAUAACUGGUGCAACUGUGGCCCCUGCUGGCUGGCUGAUGGCACCUGCACAGGGCUGAAGAAUAAUGCUGAUGGGGGUGUGGCGCUCCAUACACAGUGCCCGCCAAGUGUAUGAACUCGACUUGUGCAGGUGAAAAAUGCAGUCUGUACUGAUUGCGUACCGGAGGGGUACUCAGUCAGCGGUGAGGGGUCGAAUCAGUAUAGAGGACGCAUUCAAGGUAAUUGGACAUGACUAGACUGGGGGAUAAAAAUUGGGGGAAAAAAUAGGGGGAAAAAUAUAAAUAAAAAAAUAAUGCAUAUAAUACGCUGUUAUUUAAUCAUUUUAUUUUCACACAGCAAACAACAACCAAAUGUAAACAUUCAGGUGCCAAACAUGGUUUGGGUUUAAACUAUAACAAUGCAUGGCUACCUUUGGAGUAUAUCCUGGCAUACAGAACCAUAAGACAAAAGAGAAAAAAGAUGUUCAUAUUGAACAAUCCUUGACAUUUUGCUUAUCUGGCUAACUCAGAAAUCAUGCUUUUCAAAAUAUUUUGAUCUAAUAUAAUGCAUCAAUAAAACAUCAAAACACAGAUAGGAUUAUUUCAUAGAUCUAUUAAGAAAACCUUUUAAUACUGUGUUUGUGCAGAAACAAGACUGGAAAAUACUGUUCUAAAUUACCAUUAA